UCACUUAUGAUUUCUGUAUAGUUUACGUAAGACCUUAAGAAAUAGCUAUAACGACGAAGAUGAUCAGAGGUUUAGGUAUGAGGAUACCUUCUGGGAUCAUUAAACGAUCGACAAUCCUAUCUACAACAUGUCGUUAUCCAGGAAUAAUCUCAAUUGGAUCAAUACAUCGAUUAUCAACCAAACCAACUGAUCCAUCCCAUUCAAAACCUUCAUCAUCAUCAUCAUCAAAUCCAUUCCCUAUAGAUCCUAAACAUAUCCAACGACAAAAACAAGAAGAGAAAUUAUCCACUAUUCAAAAAUGGGCCAAAUAUUUCGAAAGUGAAGAAUUUAAACGUGGAGGAUUGACUUAUUAUUAUGUUGGAGCUGGGAUUUGUGUGAUUAUUGCAUUUUAUUAUUAUAUGAGAGAUAGAUAUUAUGAAGAUAUUCAAAUCAAACAUGUUAAAGCUAAGUAUGAACAAGAUCCAAAAUCAUUAUUGGAAUAUGAAUUCUUAAUGAUGAAACGAUUAAAUAAUGAAAAAUUAAGACCUAAGGAAGAUAAAAAGUUUAAGAUUUAUCAAAUGAUGAGAAAGGAAUUCAGACGUAAGAAUCUUUUGAAUAAGGAUGCUAUCUUUGAACCUACACCAGAAGAAUUAGAAGAAUGGUAUCAAAAGCAACCUCGUAGAUCAAUUAAGAAAGCUCCUAUUUUAGAUGAACCAAUUGAUAAGAAAGAUGAAGUGAUAGAACCAGAAGUUAAAGGUAAUGAUAAUGUCAGUAUCGUCCCUGCUGAAGAUACUACUGAAUUUUUCGAACAGAAAGCUGCUACUUAUGAUGAUGCUAUUAAAUGGGAAGAAAGAGGUGUUUUAAUGGGGAGAAGAAGACAAUGGCUCAUGAAACAGGUUCAUGGUGAUGUGUUAGAAGUGGCUUGUGGUACAGGAAGAAAUAUUCCAUAUUUAUAUCCUGAAUUAAUCAAUUCGAUUACUUUUCUUGAUUCAUCAUCAAGGAUGGUUGAACUUGCUAGUAAGAAAUUUCAAUCAUAUUUUCCUAGUUUUAAAAAAGUGGGAUUUACAGUUGGUAAAGCAGAAGAUUUAAUUAAUUUAGUUAAAGAAAAUCAAGCUAUAAAAUACGAUACAAUUAUUGAAACUUUUGGAUUAUGUGCCCAUGAAGAUCCUGUUCAAGCUCUUAAAAACAUGAAAGAAUUAUUAAAACCAGGAGGUAGAAUCAUCUUAUUGGAACAUGGUAGAAGUACAUGGGGAUUCAUUAAUAAUCAUUUAGAUUUUAGAAGUGAAAGAAGAAUGAAAACUUGGGGAUGUCGUUGGAAUUUAGAUAUUCCUGAAUUAAUUGAUGAUGCAGGUUUGGAUAUCACUUAUGAAAAGAGAGUUCAUUUGGGAACCACUUAUAUGUUGAUCUGUAAGAAACCGGAAGAUCCAAUGAAUCAAAAUGAAAAACCAUUCAUUAAUAAGCUUUUUGGUAAAGAUGUUUCUAAACCAAUAGAAAAAUAACCUUUGUAAAUAGACAGACAGAAUAUAUGUAAAUAGUUUUUUUUAUAUGGAUCAUCAUAAGUAUACACCUUCUUGAUCAGUAUUAGGAUCAUCAUCGUUUUGUAUUUCAUCAUCUUUCUUGAUAUCAACUGGGAUGCUAUUAUCGAGACUAUUUAAAUCAUUGAAGAUUUGAGCUUCUGAUUUAAUUUUGUCUUCAUAACUGAUGGUACCUCUAUUAACCAAUUCAUCAUGAAUAGCUUUAAUUCGAGAUUUUUGUUCCUUGAUAACGAUUUUAUUAUCAUCAAUGGUUUCAGUAUAUAAAGUGGAUAAAUCCUUUAAUUCCAAUUCAUUGGUAUCAUUCAAACUUAAUUGAUGUUUCAUACUAGUGGUUUCUUGAUAUAAUUCGUUAUUGGUCUGGAUUAAUUUGGUUAAUGAGUUUAUGAGUUGUUUUUUAAGUGAUUCAAGAUUAC